AUGGAAGUCGAAGGCAUUGUCAAGAGCGUCAUGAGUAUGGCGGACAAACUAGACCCUAAGGAUCUUGGACGAAAGGUGCCGAACACGAUGGCAGAAAUUGAGGAGUACUUACGACAGCAGCUUCCAUUUGACACUGAAAAGCUCAAGGGCGUUAAAGAAAAAGACAACGAGUUAACAAAGAUGCGGCUUGGAUUGCAAAAACAAGGCAUUACAAGAGUUCUGAGGAGCCCUCGAACUUCAAUUACACUUUUACUACUUACGAAAUUCGUCCAACGGCUGUCAGACAACGUGUUAAUGGAGACAUGUCGUCACGGAAUUUUCGAAUCUUCGUUCUGGUGGUGUAUAAAAAAAGUUCAAUGUUUUCUUUCAUAUUUCCACUAUAGCAUGUGCCCACAUAUACUCGCUUUCGAUGGAACUUUGGACCUUAUCGUCUCCGGGAAUCCGCGCAUGGCCAAUGUCCCUCUUGACCUUUAUCGCGAGAUAUUUGGCAGUAAAGGCACCCCGCCAAUCAGUCUCCCGGGAGGAUCGCUUCGUCAGUUCUCAGACAUGGAGGCUCACCUACCCCGAAUGGCUAUCGACCAACGACCUAUGCCCAUAAUACCCAGUUUCAGCGAGGAGUUAAAAGAACUUAUUAAAUGCUCUUACUACCGUGGAAAGCUUUCGUCCAGUCCUGGGCACCCACCACGACAUCUCGGCGUAAUCAUGGAUGGGAAUCGGCGAUAUUCUCAAGGAAGGGGACUAGGGAGCGUAUUAGCUGGUCAUCAAGUCGGUGCCCAUAAGUUGCUUCAGGUUAUGUCUUGGGCUUUUAGUUCCGGAGUUCGCAAUUUGACAGUUUGGGCAUUGUCUGAUGACAAUCUGAAACGAGGACCCCAAGAGCUUAAUCCGUUGUUUUCAAUGAUGGCUGAUUAUAUCCAUGAGAUGAUGAUGGGAGACGCCCCGUUCUCUGUUCCGGAUGUUCGAUUCAGGGUCGUUGGUGAUAGAUCUAUCCUUCCCGACUACUUGAAUGAUAUGAUAAUUAAGGCAGAAACUUCUACCACCGAAAAUUCAAAAUUCAACUUCCAAAUAGCAAUAGGAUAUGGAGGACGCUCUGAAGUUACAAGAGCUACAAGGAUGGCAGUGGGCCAAAUGGUGAAAGAAGGACUUUCACUAGAGGAUGCUGUUGAAAAGGUCGGGGAAGCGGACAUAUCUCGUCAAACAUAUUCCGCACAGCUGGGGUUACCACAUAUCGAUGCAAUUCUAAGAACAAGUGGUGAGAAUAGAUUGAGUGGAUUCGCACUAUGGGAAUCACAUCAUGCUGAAUUUGCUAUUGUGGAGGAGAAUUGGCCUGCUCUGAGGCAGUCGACGUUUUUGAAGAGCUUGCUCGACCUAUCGAAGCGGAAUCGACGUUUUGGUGCAUAG